AUAAUAUUGUGUGCGGUGAAAGGAGUCUUGCCUCGCGGACUACCUAUAGCUAGGUAUCUUGCGAGCCGCAACACCGCUCAGCCGUAGUUCAGGUUUUUAUCUCAUUUGAUAAAGACGUAGCGCAGCAGUGUUGUAAUUAGAAACAAGUGAAUCAGAAUGGUUCUAAAACUCUACGUGGUGUCGGAUGGGCCGCCGUCGCUGUCAGUGCGGCAGGCUCUGGCCCUGCUUGAGAUACCCUUCCAGCAGAUUGAUGUCGAUUUCUGCAAAGGAGAACACAUGACCGAGGAGUAUGCCCUGAUGAACCCACAAAAGGAGAUCCCGGUCAUGGAUGACGACGGUUUCUUCCUAAGCGAGAGCAACGCUAUCCUGCAGUACAUCUGCGAUAAGUACCAGCCCGGUACGCCCCUUUACCCCCUGGAUCCACAGAUAAGGGCCGUAGUAAAUCACCGGUUAUGCUUUAACCUCUCCACCUACUACGCAAACAUAUCGGCUUACACGAUGGCACCCAUAUUCUUCGAUUACGAGCGGACGCCACUCGGCCUGAAGAAGGUGCACAUGGCGCUGGCUGUGUUCGAGACGUACCUCGCCCGCGCCGGCACCACGCACGCAGCCGCAGACCACCUCACCAUCGCUGACUUCCAGCUCAUCAACUCCACCAUGACCCUGGAAGCUAUCGGACUUGAUUUCUCCAAAUAUGAAAAGGUCAGCCAGUGGUACGAGGACUUCAAAAAAGACUACCCAGAGCUAUGGAAGAUCUCGGAAGACGCAAUGAAGGAGAUUCAGCACUUUAACGCCAACCCUCCAGAUUUAAGCCACAUGAACCACCCAAUCCAUCCCAUUCGUAAAAUUAAGAAAUAGAUUUUGUACAAAAUGGUAAACUCGAGAGAAAAUACAUUUACAACAUCAUAGAUUUAUACAACAUUAUCAUUAGCAUACGAUUGCACGCUGACUUGCUCUUGUGCUAAACCUAGGCCGUCUGCUUGCGUAGAUAAAGGAGUAAUAUUUUCUUUAUACAAUCCUCCUUCCUAUUGACGAGUUAAAUCAAGGAACAGAAUAGCUACAUUCUUCUGGGUAAGGCUCGGACCCUGUCUCACUCUUGUUCUCAUUGCUUAGAAUUCGUGUCUGCGAUUGUUCUAUUGCUGCAAAUAUGUUUUCUCUAAAGUUUUCAAUAACUAAAUAAAUGUCGAAGCGACGCUAACCGGAGCCGGAGACGCAUCGCCUCAUGUAUCCCAGACAGGCGUUGGAGCAGCAUUCCGAGUGGUUGAUGCACUGUAAAUAAAUUAAGAAUAUAAGAACA